UUGUCAGUGAAAAGAAACGUCAAAUGAGCAGUUCUCUAUCAAAACAUUGUCGGUUUUAUUGUGUUAUUUCUAAGAUUGUUCUCUCAUUUAAUACUGUGACUGCAGUUAGGCGUCUAAGCUAGUUAAUUUACAUCAAAGCAAACAAAAGUUAAACGAUGGCCACGUACGAUAGCGAUUAUUGGAAUAAUCAAAACCAGCAAAUGCAUCAAAGUUUCAACUUUGAGAUGCCGGAACAAUUCGGUCAAGAGUUAAACUUCCAACCCAUCGACGCGACACAACAACCCUCAUACGCUGGUUCAUUUUAUGAUCCACCAGCAAAUGCGUAUGCGGGCGGUAUUUUCACUCCCACGGCUGACAAUUUUGAAUCGGGUGGAGUAGGAAGCGAAUUCGAUGAUGAACCUCCGUUGUUAGAAGAACUGGGCAUUAAUCCGGGUCACAUUAUGCAAAAGACCUUAUGCGUACUCAAUCCAUUCAGAACAGCCGAUCAAUCAAUUUUACAGGACACAGAUAUGGCCGGUCCUUUAGUCUUUUGCCUGGCAUUAGGAGGAUUUCUGUUGUUGAGUGGCAAAGUAACAUUCUCGUACAUUUAUGGAAUCGGCGUGAUGGGUUGCAUUGCAUUUUAUGUACUUCUUUCAUUAAUGGCCACACAGUCCCAGGUGACAUUGGGCGCAGUGAUUUCGGUUCUGGGCUACUGUAUUCUUCCGAUGGUCGUACUGUCCGGCAUCAAUGUUCUCAUCACCGUUCAAGGUGUUGUGGGUACAGUAUUUGCAGGACUUUGUAUAUUUUGGUGUGCACUCUCAGCGUCAAAGCUCUUCGUUACCGCUUACUCAAUGGAUCAUCAGCAGAUAUUGAUAGCAUAUCCAUGUGCCCUGCUCUACGGCGUGUUCGCUUUGAUUACGAUUUUUUAAAAUUAUUUUCCAGCUGAGCAAAGAAAAGGUCCUGGUCAUAUUGACAUCAUUUUGUAUGUUUGUAUGCUCGAAUAAAGAGAAAAACUAUUGAUAUUGA